GUAGAAAUAUCACCUUCUUACUAUAUCUUGCUCUAUCAAUCAAGCCAAAUUAUAUAAAAAUGUCUAAGCUAAAAAAACGUGUUCCUCUUUGGCCGCCAGAAGGCCAAUCUUGGCACGGCGUUACACUGAGCGAUGCCAACAUUACUCUAUGCCAGUCAUGCAAGAUGAGUAUAUGUUGGCAGGGCGUGGGGGUCUGUGUUGGAUGUGCCUCGGGACUUGAAAGGCCCCUCCCCAGCAAAUUCCUGAGACAGCUGCGUGAAGAGCUUGCAUGUCGUGACGCCACUGUAGCAGUGCGAUCCAUCGAUGGAAGUGGACGAGUCGUGCAUCGCGGAGGGGUGGAGCGGCCGGCAAGGUGUGAAGACAGGUCCCGCAGAGCUGAUCUGUGUGACACCAUCUCACUAUACGGAUUCAAAAACGGUUGGGCAGCGUGGGCGCUUGGCAAUGCCGCAAGACAGCUGCGCGAGCCCGAGGGGUCAGAUGCUGCUGCGAUUGGUGUGUAUAAGCGCCAGCAGCCAAUCGAGGACGACGUUGGGCCCAUGAAGCACUGGUGUUCCUGCGGCAAUCGGAAGCACGAAUCGAGCGGACAGUCGCAGGCGGUGCUGAUCGAAGUGACGAUUGGAAAACUAACAAGCCAACCCGAGGCAUCUGCAGGCCAGCUCAGAGCAUUGGCGAAGAAGCGCAGAUCGUUGAAGAACCAGCCUGUUGAAACGACGAGACAGCUCCGGUCGGCCACCAGACGGCUCAAGGCAUUCAAGAGCCAGCCCGGCGCUGCAAAUGGCGCUCCAAACGGCGCUCCAAACGGCGCUCCAAAGCCAGAGAAGGCGUCGGCUCGAGUGCUCACGAGAGAAAAAAUCGACUUGGCAUAUCAGCACAGCCUGUGGUCGGGAGCGACGCCGGAAAUCUUCGCGGAUAUAAUGUGGCUGAUCGGGCCGGGCCGCAGUCACAUCGCUAAAGAAGGCGGCAAGGUCAGCGAGGAAAUCGCCAAGGGCGCGCGCGGCUCUGCUGAGACCGUGCUGCUGCAUUAUUUCUUCCUGAACAACCACGUCAACACGCUGGAGCAGGGGCUGGAGCUGUUGCUGAUGGGCGUUUAUCUCACGGCCCUGGACCAUGGCCGGGUCCGGGAUAGCGACUUCACGGCCUUCGUCGGCGAGCUUGCGCGCCAUGCAAGCCUGGGACGCUUCACUGUUUCGUUUAUCGAGCUCAUGGUGCAGUUUGGGCCGUCCGUCCUGGACUGGCACGCCGGGUGCAUAUCGACUCUAGGCUUGAUGCGCGGCCUGGAGCUGCGCUCUUGGGCGUAUGGAGUCCAGUGGGACGUGCUCAUGCAUUAUGAGCUCGGCAGCGAGGAGGAUUGGGAAGAGAAGCUCCCGUCGUGGAUGUGUGUCGCAGCAGCGCUCGGCCAUGAUGUGGGAGAUCUCUGCGCUGACACCCGGCUGGGCUCUACGGACAACUGCUACUUUGCCGUCGGUGCCGUGGCUGGAUACGAAGGCGUGGCGGCCUGCAUGGACAUCUUGUGCGAUGCGCUCGAAGCUGUCGUGCUCCGCGAUACCCGUGGGAUGAUUGAUAUUGGGUGCAUCGCCGGCAGUGCCUGUGCAACCUUUGAGCGGUCUGGUGGAGGUUUGUGUGCUUGCUCCAGCGAUACGAGCUUGGAGAACUCGUGCGAGGCCAUGGGCUUGCUAUCCAACCUGUGCCGCGACCGCCGGAUUCGUCCAGACGAUGCGGCUGACCUGCUGGAUCUCAGGGAUUCGGUGAGACAGCGAUGCCAACAACUGCCUCGGCCUCGACAAGCCAGAACGGUCCAUCUCGACCAUGAAGACCGUGAACAGGCGUAUGCUGAAGCUUUGAGAGUCAUGGGAACAGGCGAGAGCGGCAAGUCCGCCCACGCAAGGCUGCAGCUAGCAUACUCGAGCGCGGCCAAAGAUAUGUGCGGCUUCCUGCGGAGAAGAGCAGCUUACCUUCGCCAGUGUAUUGGAUCAAGCAAGGAUGUGCUAGACCUAAGCCGCGAUUGCAUGUGUGGUGGAGAGUGCAGUUUAUGGUAAGGCUUGGGCUAAGAUGGUUUUCAUUACUGGUGAAGCUUACGACAAAUUGAAACGGAGAUAGAAAAGCACAUGUAUAUUCUAAUCCAAUAAAAGUUCCUUUAGAUCAAAAAAGUAAAGUUGCUGAGGGAAAUGUUGCCUUUGUUCAAAUCGAAUGUCUAUCGAGG